AUGGCGGCGCCCGUCCUGCUGCGAGUGUCGGUGCCGCGCUGGGAGCGGGUGGCCCGCUCCGCGGUGUGCGCGGCCGGCAUCCUGCUCUCCCUCUACGCCUGCCACCUGGAGCGGGAGAAGGGCCGCGACCUCCACUACCAGGCCCUGUGCGACCUCAGCGAACGGGUCCGCUGCUCUGCCGCCAUCACCUCCAGAUGGGGUCGAGGAUUUGGUCUGUUGGGUUCCAUCUUUGGAAAGGACAGUGCAAUAAAUCAGUCAAACAGUGUUUUUGGACUCGUGUUUUAUAUACUACAAAUGCUACUUGGUAUGACAGCAAGUGCGGUAGCAGCUCUAAUCCUCAUGACAUCCUCCAUAGUGUCUGUAGUAGGGUCAUUGUACUUGGCAUACAUUCUGUACUUCGUGCUGAAGGAAUUUUGCAUUGUCUGCGUCAUCACAUAUUUGCUGAACUUCAUUCUCUUUAUCAUCAACUACAAACGACUAGUUUAUUUGAACGAGGCCUGGAAACGGCAACUCCAACCCAAACAGGAAUAACGCCUGUUUGAACUUUUGACUGACAGUCUGAAGACCCAACUUCCAUUAAGUUUAUUUUGCAGUAAUUUUUUAUUCUCCAUAUCAGACACUUUCCCUGAGAAUCAUAACUGAAUUUUUAAUUAUAAAUUUGAAGGGGCCCUAGGUAAUUUUUUUGUGCUAAUCUUCAAUUUAAAUGUGGUUAUGAAAGAAAGCUCUAAUAC